UUGAAACUGUAUGGUGUAUUCUUAAACUCUAUGAUAGAGGUUUUAAAUAAUUCUAGUGACACAUAAGUGGAUUACCAUUUUUGAUAAGAAGUGAUCAUGGAAUGGGUGUGCAAAUUAAAAUUUACAGACAUGAAUAAACAUGGCAGAUCAUUUUAUUCAAACAUUACUAUUGAACUUGGAAUGUUUCCAUUGAAGAGGCAGAUAUGCUAGGCAAACCUUGAGUGAAAGUUUUUAUUGACCCAGCUCAGUGGUAUUCCCUCUUAAUAGAACCAUGGAACUGCGAGACAUUGGCUUGUUACUUGAUAGGCUUAUAAGGUUACACUUGGUAUGUGAUCGAUAAGUGAUUGUUAAAUAAUCAAUUUAUUAAUAUUGUUUUGUACAAGUUUUAAUCAUGUUUAAUAUUUGAGAAAGUGGAAAAAAACUUUUACAUGUUUUGAACAAUUGACAUGCAUAAUGCAAUAUAUGUGUACUUAAAUGCACUAUUGCAGUGAGUUUGCCACGUGGGGAUCAUUUAUGAUGAUGAAUUUAAAUGAUUACACAAAAGUUUUUAAACUUGAAUAAGGUUUGAAUAGUGAGAGCAGAUUAAAAAAAUUCUAUAAAUAGAAAAUGUGCUACUUUUGUCUGGUCAUUGUAUGAUCUGGCAUCGUUUCAAGACGAAAAUGGAAGUGUUUCAAUUAAAAGUUUGCUUAUUGGUAUUCUGCAAUAAUAAAUCAAACCAUCUGUCUUGAAGGACAUAUAAGUGAUAUUAAAUCUCGAGAGAUAUUCCUGAAUGUACUUCAUGUGAAUAUCAAAGUGCUAGGAUUCUAAAGGAAACACCAUAAAAAAGUACCUUUGGACAUUACUUUUUAUGUCAUUAAAAUAAAAACGGGCGUGAGAAGAGGAAAAAUUCACAAUGAGUACACCACGCUCAGAAUUGUCCAUGACACCUAUAUCUCUGGUGGACCAUGAACAGAACAGAACUCGAAACACAAGAGACAUGAACUUUAACUUCAAGUCCCUGAAUGCUAAUAACUCACAAGAUGCAUCACUUAACCAGUCUCAUGACACUGGUGUUACUGGUGACAAGUUGAACCAGUCUGUUGAUUCAACAAACGACAAAGGCAUGAAGAUAGCAAUCCGUGGGACAGCCGCUAGUGAGACGAUAACAGAUGAUGAAAGGUCUGAUGGUACCUCUCCGGCUUACACAGAACAGUGGGAUGAGUAUUCGUCCCCGAGGAAAUCUAUCAUGCCCAGUCAGCUAACACACAGAUCACGAGAGAGUGGGCGAAUAUCGCCCAGUCUAGAUCCCACCAAUAUAGACGUGGGGCACCAACCUGCAGAACAGCAGAGAUUUAAUGAGCCCUUGAAAUUGCGGAAAGGGCGUCAUUUUGUGGAUUUUCAGCCACCGUCACCGACGAUUGUGUAUGUGCCUCAUCGAAGUUUUGCUCAUGGUCGUUGGACGAAUGUAACUGUGCAGAGAAAGAACGGUCGUUAUGUUGUCAUCGAACAACGUCCAAUACAUACGCAGUUCACAGAUUCAACACCAAUGGGUCGAAGAGAAUAUAAAAAGGAUGUGUUUGGUCCUGAGACAUCUUGGACGAAGAAAAAAUCACCAUGGAGUUGGUCAACGAAAGGGAACUUCAUUGAACGGUCCAUUAACCAAGGAUUUCAUGAGCCCUAUUUACCCCCUAUGAAGCCUCGCUACUCCUACGUUGGAUCAAGGGUGGGUUCAUUGGACAAUGCCGAAUAUCAGCCUGGGGGAGGUACCCAUAAGGUGCCGUCGUUUAAACUCAAGUGGGAAGCAGAAGCUAAAAUUGGUUCCUUGCCAGCGACUUCCCGCACAGAGAAGUCUCCAGAAUUGAAAUUACCAAGUAUAACACCACGAUUUGGGGCCAGCGCAGACUCAGAGUCAUUUACGACAAUCCACUACACGCCAGGUGGGAAUGUGGUCCUGCGUAAGCAGAGAUACAGUGAUGCACGUUCACAGGUGGGCUCCUUGGACAACCUGAGUCAUUCCCCGGGUGGAGGUAGCGUGGAAAUCCCGAAAAAUAAAAUAAAGUGGAACCAGAAAGCAAAGAUUGGUUCCUUAGACAAUGUUACACACUUGCCUAAAAGCAGCAAUGUACAAAUAUUCAGUGAAAAACCCAAAUGGCAAACUGAGCCCAAAGUAAAUACAUUGGAGAAUGCUGAUUAUGUCCCUAAAAAAGGCAAAUUUAGGGUUCCGAAUUUCAAUAAAGAUUGGAACAAAUCAGCUGCACCUAAGAUUGGAUCCCUUUCAAAUGCAAAUCACACGCCAGGGGGAGGUAAUGUACAAAUAAUUGACGUUCCAAAAAAAUGGAAAGGAAAAUCAAAAGUCGAUACAAAGUGGAAGUUUAAUUAUGAUUACAAGAGUUUGUUUGGCGAUGAAGAUGCAAUGAUAGACCGUCGGACAAUUAGUAACACAAGCUCUUACCCAUACACUGUGUAGCAACAAACAUGAUACAUUUGUAUAUAACUUGAAUAACUUGUGCCAAAAAAAAACUGUGCUCGAUUUUGUGAUAAUGAAACUGAUUUGAUUUUAUUUAAUUCAUAUUUUUCAUUUUAAUUAUUAAAUAAUUAUUUAUAAAUUCAUAAAUGUGCACACGGUUAAUGUUAUACUUCUUAUGAUACGAGUGUUAUAAAAUUGUGCUUGUUAGUUAAUCUUUCACUUAGAAAGUUAAAAUGUUUACUAGAUGAACAAAAAGAAAAACAAUGCAUUAUUAUUUCAAUCACUUAAAUUAUACUUAAAUAUGUUAAUUUGAGUUUGGUUUUACG